GGGUUACAUAGUGUUUACAUACACAUGGCAGAGGCUGUCUGUGUAUACAUACUAUUCCUUAGUCACCUUCAAUGGUAAGAAUGGCUGAAAGUGAAGCAGCAGUUGUCACUCCUCUUCCAGUGAGAGAACCUAGGGCUGAGAGUCACAAAAUAGUUCCUCAACAACAGUCUCAACGUUUAUGCAGGUUUUUUUCCCAAGGCCGGUAUUGCCAUUUUGGAAAAAAAUGUCGCUUUUUGCACCAAUAUGUGGAUCAUUCACCGGUCAAGAAGAACCCAGAGGCUCGGUCAGCUGAAAUUCCUGACCAAAACAAGACCUCUGAAAUAGCCAACUCCAAUGCAUCAGACCCUAGUCUAAAUCUCAAACAGGGGGCAAAUCCACAGAGGAGGUAUCGCCCAAGGAAACUGUGCCGUUACUUUGCAUCUGGGUACUGCUCCUUGGAUGGUAAUUGCAGGUUCUUGCAUCCUGCAACUCUUCCCCAAGUCAAUGAUGAACACCUUCCCAACAAAAAAUCGGCUGUAAGAAAAACUGAGGAAAGAAAGCCUGUUACUCGUCCAACUAUAGUCCCAGAAGAAGUUAAAUCUGCAGAUUUAACUCCAGAAUUAGCCAGGCAGCUACGGCAGACUGAAAUUUCGCAACUGUUGAAGAGAUUUCCAAAGGAUAAAGUCAUCAUUCAAGAAAGAGAAGAUGGGAAAGUUACUUACUACAGAAUCUCUGUCGAGCCCACCGAUCCAGACUGGCCUUAUGACCUGAAAGAAUUGGAGAUCAUGCUGGAGUUUCCUGACAAUUACCCAUUACAGGUUUUUACACUCCAGAUUCCAGAGGAUCAAGUAUUGCCUUCAGUUAUGUCCAGACACGUGCGUGAGGAGUCGGAGGCAUGGCUACAAGCCAAGCAUGCAACCAAUCAACUCAUUGGAAAGAUAGAGCUUCUGUUCCGCCCCUACUUGCUCUGGCUUGAUCGUAACAUGGAGAGACUUUUCACAGAAGGGGCUCGAGUGUUAAAAAAAGAUAUAGAUGCAGAGAAGGCGGGGAUAGAGUUUGUUCCUUAUCAGCAGUUGCAAGUGGCAGUUCAAACAAAAUCCAGUGACAAAGAAAAUCCUGAAGAGCAAACAGAGCUCCAGCACAUUUCAGAUGAGAAUCUAGAUGAGGAUGACGAUGAUGAUGAUGAUUCCGAGAGUUGGAUAAGUUGUGAUGAUGAGGAAGAUGAAACUGCUGAUAAUUUACACGGAAUGCGUCAAGUGAAUGAAGGUGCGGGACAAAUAAAAAGGAAGGGGACAGAAAUCCGGUUCCUGGGUUUACAACUGGCAGGCGGAGUGGCAACUGUGAUGGCUCAUCGCAUAACUGUUUCCCUGCAGUGCAACAGAUGUAAAGAGAUAGCAGACUUGUCCAUGACCGCGAAGCAACCGUGCAUUGCCCAGUGUGAGAGAUGCAUGAGUCGUAUCUCUGGGACAUUCCAUCCUACCAUUAUGCAUCAGUACUCGUCAGUGCUGGGCUUUGUUGACAUUCAGGGGGCUGUGCCCAAGGACCUCAUCUUACAUGAUUCUACCUUUGUGAUUGGCUGCUUAGAAUGCUCACAAGAGGGACCAUUGCAGAGUCUCUCGUAUGGAAUCACUAAAGAUAUGAAUUGUCUGAAAUGUCACAGCAAACUCAGCAUAUCUAUUGAAACCACCAAAUUCCAAAAAGUUGAGGGCCUUGGGAAAGCUAAUGUACACCGAAAUCUACCCUACGGCAAGAAGAAAGUGAGAGACCCAGCUAUCCAGCCAGGGAAAUCGCUACCUGACAAAGGCACGUGCAAGCACUACAGGAAGAGCUGCCGCUGGCUGAGGUUUCCAUGCUGUGGAAAAACGUAUCCAUGUGACAUUUGUCACGAUGAAGCAGAGGACCAUGAGAUGGAACUCGCUACCCGCAUGGUCUGUGGUUAUUGUGCAAAGGAGCAGCCCUAUACUAAUUUGAAACCAUGCAUUUCCUGUGGGAACAUGUUGAGUAAAAGCCUUCAUUCUAUCCACUGGGAGGGAGGCCGAGGCUGCAGGAGCAGAGUGAAAAUGUCCAGGAAGGAUAAGCAGAAGUACUCAAACACCGCAAAAACUGUGUCCCGGAAAAAAGUUGGCAAGAAGUGAGCAGCGUCCGAGAUGAAGUGGUGUCUGGCGACUCGUUCAUUGCACUGCUGAAUACAGUGAAUGACAUCAGAGGAGCAGAACCUGUGGUAUUGUCCAAACCAAAGAAGAUAGAACACACUUUGAAGAAUGAGCACAGCGCUCUCCAUUAUUAACCUGCAUGGUACUGCCACUUCUCUAAUUGUUCUGGUGGGAUGCAAUGAGGCUAAACAAAAAACAAAGAAUUUAAGUCUUGGAUGUGUGACAUUGUUAAUAAAGUUCACAUAUCUUAUGAGUACGCAUGA